AUGUCCUGCCUCUCUUCCUCUAAAAUCCAGCUGAUCAUGAUGUCAGUUACUGAUCCAAACUUGAGUGACAGGUUCACCAGUGCAAUGGAGGAGAUCCACAAUGAACAUCUUAAAACGUAUGCAGACAUAGUUGAUACAACUGCAGACCUAUCCCACUCUCACAGACAGUUUGUUAAGUCUGCACUCGAUACAUGUUUGAAAAAGUGUAAAGAUGAUGAGAAACUGUUUGAGACCAUCCAGACCUUCAAAAGAGAAUUGGGCCAUAAAAAAAUGAUCUUAAAGGAGAAACAGCUUGCCAUUUCUGACACGAUGGCUGAGGUUCAGGAGAAGGAAAUGCAGAAAGAGGACAUCAUUCAGAAAAUCCAAAAACUUAAAGAAGAACAGAUAAAAAGGAAAGACUUAAUCCAGUUUCAAAAUGCAGCAAACAAAGACAGACUGAAGAAUCUCCAAAAAGCCAGACUCGUGUUUCAGGAUCAUUUGGGGCUGGAGAUACGAACAAUCCUCGGCAAAACACAGUUGGUCAAAGGUGAAAAGUUGCAGUUUGUUUUCCGAUACAUUCACCCUUCUGAUCAGGACAGCGCUUAUGUUAUCACAAUGGGGAUUAAAGAAAACGGAUCGUACCAGAUUGUGUCCAGCGACCCAGUGGUUGAUUGUUUGCCAGUAUUGGAAAGCCGGCUUCAAGAGACCAAUAAUUUACAGGCAUUCCUGGCAAAUGUACGGAAGGAGUUUAUUUCACUGGCACGCAGCUGA